GACGCCGACGGGCGGCAGGGCAGCCCUCGCCGAGCUCGGAGGCAGGGCGCGAUGUGCCAGUCCGCCGCCGCGUUCGGCGCCGGCCUCUGGGUGGCCCAGCGGCUCGGCGAGGUGGCGCUGCCAGCCGUCCGCGUGGCCGCCCCCGAGGGCAGGCCCUUCAAGCUGCGCGUGCGCGUCCACUCCGUCUCCGCCGCCGGCCUGGAGGAGCCCGGGCUCCUGGCGCGGCAGCGGCCUCGCGUCGAGGUGGUGGUCGGCGGCGCGCGCAAGGAGACCGAGCUCGGCGACCUCCAGCGCUCGCGGCCGCCGGGCGCGGCCGCAGCGAGCCGCCCCGCGGCCGCCGGCGGGCGUCCUGCGCAGCCGCCGGCCGCGUGGGGCUUCGGCGAGACGCUGACGUUCUCCGCGGGCGCGGCGGACGUGCUGGGCGCAGGAUCCGAGUGCAGCUGUGGCUUCGGGCGCAGAGCGACGUCCGCUUGGGGCCCCUCCAGGUGA